AUGCGGUGGCAGCUGCUUGUCGUCUGUCUGCUCUCCCUAUUGUCGUUAUGUUUGGGCGGAAAUGCUAGCGCUGUUACUGUGGCUAAGAAGCUAUGUCCUAGUUGUAAAAAGAUGGAAAAUGGCAUGUUCACCAAGUAUUUCUUGAUCUACAGCACGGUUAAUCAAGAGGCAAAUGGAACUUAUAAUCAGAUUUGUAGGUUUUUAGUUUUUUUUAGUCAAAAUUAGCAAGAACUUUCUUUACAAACCUGAAAUUGCAAGAACUUUCUUUAAAAAAGAUAAAAUUGACAAGAACUUUGUUUACAAAGCAAAAAAUUGCAAGAACUUUCUUUACAUAUCUUAAAAUGGCAAGAACUUUCUUUACAAAAAAUAAAAUGGCAAGAACUUUCUUUCCAAGACCAAAAAUUGCAAGAACUUUCUUUACAAAACAAAAAAUGGCAAGGACUUUCUUUACAAGCUUGAGAUUGCAAAAACUUUCUUUACAAAACCAAUUUUUCGCAAAACAGGCUCCUAAUCUUGAUUUUUUUGACCCUUGCUCUCAUGACCAAAAGUGCCUGCCCGGCCUUGUUUACACCUGUAGACCAACAACUUACUUUACAAUUGUAAACUAACAAGUUACGUUAAAUUUGAAUGUCAACACCAUUUCAGGCGAUAGCAGUGAAGAUAUGAAGCAUGGAGUUUGGGCAUGGGACAAGACAGAAUACUGGGUUAAAGGGUGCCCGGUUUACACCUACGGCUUUGGCUUUGAUUACUACAUGAUCAACUUGGCAAGGUCUGAGAAGUACGGAAUGUUGCAAGUGUAAGUUGAAGUUUUUAGACUUUUUGUUGUUCAUCGUUCCUUGUGAUCAACAGUUCCUUCAAAAUUUUUAAAAUUUUUUGCAGUUUCAGCUAGCCAAAAUUUAUGUUUUUAAGCUUUUUUUGUCAAUUUUUUUAAAAUUAGCGAGAACUUUAUUUACAAAAUCAGAAAUUGCGAAAACUUUCUUUACAAAACAAAGAAUGGCAAGAACUUUCUUUACAAAACAAAACGGCAAGAACUUUCUUUACAAAAGACAAAAUGGCAAUAACUUUCCUUACAAGCUAAGAAAAAUCAAAUAUUAGGUGCCGACAUAAAGAACUCGCCAUUUUUUACAGAAAAUUACAGAAUAGGUAUGGCGGGUUCUUUAUGUCGGCAUCUAAUAACAAGGAAAGCGUCCGACUUGCCCCGCUCUGAUUGACUUCAAACUUGUUAUACAGAAAGAUAAUGUAAAUAUAAGACCUUUAGCAAAGUACUAUAUUGUGUUUUCCAGGAAAUGCCAAAAAAAUCAAAAAGAAAUUUUUUGAAUUUCCCGCCAAAUUGGCAUUGUGUUUCAAGCCUAUAAUUUUGUCUGACUUAUAGGAAUUGUUCUUUGAUAUACUAGUAGAAUAAUUUUAAAUGAACCUACAUUUUUAAAUUUGUAAGUGUAGCUUGACUGAAAUAUCGAAAAAAGUGCUUGAUACACAAUGCCAAAGUUGCCAAAUUGGCGGGAAACCAAAAAAUUCAAAUUUAAAACUCAAAACCUCGAGCUGAAAUUUUUUAUGGGUAUUAUUGGUAGUACACGAAUUCAUAUAAAAAUUUUGAGCCAAUUCUGAGCGAGGCAGGUAGGGCACUUUCCUUGUAAAAUUUCAAAUUACAGUAGUCUACCAAACGGGACAUUUCGCUACCCGGUGAACGAAACCGAUAAAAUCGACACGGAAUGGAAAAAACCGCCAUCAUGUCAGGAGAAUACCAAGUACAAGUAUGACAAGCGUGUCUUUUUGAUUUAUGAAUACCUUAUCCUUUCUCCGGACGAGGCCCUCAAUACCCACACGUUCUGUAGCGGUACGGAGAAGGUUAACACUAGUGCUUACAUUGACGGAUUGGAGGAUAGUGAGAUGGACAAGGCUUAUGUCAAGGAGAUGAUCGAGGAGUGCUUUGUAAGGUUUUGAUUUUUUGGGGGGGGUACUUUUCUAAAAAAAAUGAAAAGGGUGAGGGAUGCUUUAAAAAAUUUAAAAAAAAGGGGGGGGGGAGUAUUUUAAGAAAAUAAAAAAGUGGAGGGAGGGGCUACUUUAAAAUUAUUAAAAGGGAGAAGGGUACGUUAAAAAAAUUUAAAGGAGGGGGGGGGGCGGGGUACUUUUAAAAAAUUAAAGGGGGGGGUACUUAAAAAAGUUAAAACUAGGGGGUACUUCAAAAAGAUGCAAAAAAGAGAGGGGGGGGAGUAAUUUAAAAAAUUAAAGAGAGGGGGUACUUUAAAAAAAUUAAAAGGGGGUGUUCUUAAUAAAAUUUUUUUUAAAUUUUGAAUUUUCAGAGCAAUUCAUACUCGUGUGUGUUUGACAUUGUUACGAAGAAAAUUCUACAUGGUGGCUAUUCGGAUCCCGUAUACGCGUUCGAUGGACUGGUGGUUUACACUGGUUGUGAGUUCAACCGUUGUAUUUUUAUGAUCAACGACACGCUUACUGAGUAAGUUAUAGUACUUUUUUAAAUUGUUUUUUGAUUUUUGUUGGAAGGGAUGUAUUUUGAAGGGUUGGAAAGAAAGUUUUUGCAAUUUUUGUUACGUAAGGAAAGUUAUUAACAUUUUUUGUUUUGUAAAGAAAGUUAUUGCCAUUUUUUGAUUUGUAAAGAAAGUUUUUGCCAUUUUUGUUUUGUAAAGAAAGUUUCGCAAUUACUGGUUCUGGAAAGAAAGUUCUUGCCAUUUUAUGUCUUGUAAAGAAAGUUUUUGCCAUUUUUUGUUUUGUAAAGAAAGUUCUUGCCAUUUUAUGUCUUGUAAAGAAAGUUCUUGCUAAUUUGUAUAAAUUUUCAUUUUUAAGCCUAAAAGCUUCUAAAAGUAUGUCAAAAAUUUAUAGGACAUUGUGGUACAUUCCGGAUGACGUUGACUUUUUCAAAAAGAAGAGGCAGAUCCACUCGCUCCGUCAAUUGGUACCAUUAAUGAAUGAAACCGACGAGUUCCACUCAAGUCCACUUCGAUUCAAGUAUACGAACAUUACUACAACAACAACUACGACUAGCACGACAUCAACAACAACUACAGUUACAACGACGACUAGUACUAGUACUGCCGAACCUGUGGUUAACACGACUCCUGAAAGCGACACUACUACGGCUGAAAGUGUUAGUGAAGCGGAUGAGGAAGAUCCUACCACUGAAGCCAGCGAAGAAGAAGAAGGAGAGAGUGACGAACAGACUACGCGAAAUAAGAGACGAGAGACCGUCAACGAGUUGGGCGUGAUGUAUCUGGAUGCUGUUGGUACCGUGGACGUUGGCUUUGGCACUUUGCUCUUCAUGGCUUGUCUUGCUGUGUUUUAUUUGUAA